CCGAGCUGCCUGCCCGCUUCAAGGAUGGCGGCGACGGCGGCUGUCGGGAAGGUGAAGCAGGACAUGCCGCCUCCGGGCGGCUAUGGCCCCAUCGACUACAAGAGGCACAUGCCCCGGCGGGGGCUGUCAGGCUAUAGCCUGUUUGCCAUUGGAAUCGGUACUAUGAUUUACGGCUAUUAUCAAAUGGUCAAGUGGAACCGAGAAAGGAAGCGCAUGGCCAUUGAGGAUUUGGAAGUCCGGAUCGCGCUGUUGCCUCUUCUGAUGGCCGAGGACGACCGAAGGACACUUCGCAUCUUACGGCAGAACUUCGAAGAGGAGGCCAAGAUCAUGAAGGAUGUCCCAGGAUGGACGGUGGCCGAGUCUCGCUUCCACACCACCCGCUGGGUGCCCCCUACCCAGGACGAGCUGUAUUACUUGCACCCCCAGAGCGAGCUGGACAAUGCCAAAUUCGGUUGUCAGUUUUACACAUGAGCAGGGAGAGG